AUGUCGGACGAAGAACACCAUUUCGAGUCUAAGGCUGACGCCGGAGCCUCCAAAACCUAUCCCCAGCAAGCCGGUACAAUCCGCAAGAACGGUUACAUCGUCAUCAAAGGCCGUCCCUGCAAGGUUGUGGAAGUUUCGACUUCCAAAACUGGAAAGCACGGUCACGCUAAGUGUCACUUUGUUGGAAUUGAUAUUUUUACUGCCAAGAAACUUGAGGAUAUUGUGCCCUCCUCUCACAACUGUGAUGUUCCUCAUGUGAAUCGUACUGACUACCAGCUCAUUGAUAUCUCUGAGGAUGGAUUUGUGAGUCUGCUUACUGAAAAUGGGAACACUAAGGAUGACCUCAGACUCCCCACUGAUGAUAGUCUGCUGACUCAGAUAAAGGAUGGGUUUGCCGAGGGCAAAGACCUUGUUGUGUCUGUCAUGUCUGCUAUGGGUGAGGAACAGAUUUGUGCCCUGAAGGAUAUUGGGCCGAAGAACUAG